AUGGCGUCUUCCACAGCCCGCAGCUUCCCUUCCAUCAAGGCAAUUAGGACGUUUGUGAUCGAUGGAGUCGGAUCUGGAGGAGAUUAUCACAAUGUCAAAGGUGGUCAUUGGCUGAUUGACACUCCCAUAUCGACACCGAUGUCACGAUGGGAGAACUACCGAGCUUCAAGGACGAGCUGGGGCAUCAACGUCCUGGGCUCGUUUUGCGUCGAAAUAGAAGCUUCGGAUGGCACGGUUGGAUUUGCGACGGGUUUUGGAGGUCCUCCGGCAUGCUGGCUUGUCCACCAACAUUUUGAAAGAUUCCUCAUCGGUGCCGACCCGCGAAAUACAAAUCAUUUAUUUGAACAGAUGUACAGAGCCUCCAUGUUCUACGGUCGCAAGGGGCUUCCUAUCGCUGUGAUUUCGGUCAUUGAUCUUGCCCUCUGGGACCUGAUGGGCAAGAUCAGGAACGAGCCGGUGUAUAAACUUAUUGGAGGUGCUACGCGGGAUAGACUUGACUUCUACUGUACAGGCCCAGAGCCAGUCGCUGCGAAAGCUAUGGGAUUCUGGGGUGCCAAGGUCCCAUUGCCAUACUGCCCGGAGGAAGGUCAUGCCGGUCUCAAGAAGAAUAUUGAGUUUCUACGAAAGCACAGAGAGAGUGUUGGCCCCGAUUUUCCAAUCAUGGUAGACUGCUAUAUGAGUCUGAACGUUCCAUAUACGAUAGAGAUCGUCAAAGCUUGCUUGGAUCUCAACAUCAAUUGGUGGGAGGAAUGUCUGUCUCCUGAUGAUACGGACGGAUUCGCACAGAUCAAGCGCGCUCACCCUCAGGUCAAAUUCACGACCGGAGAGCACGAAUAUUCGAGAUACGGUUUCCGAAAGCUUAUCGAGGGACGAAAUCUCGAUAUUAUUCAACCAGAUGUCAUGUGGCUUGGUGGAAUGACGGAGCUUCUCAAGGUGGCUGCGAUGGCGGCUGCGUAUGAUAUUCCCGUUGUCCCUCACGCAAGUGGACCUUACAGUUAUCAUUUCGUGGUAUCUCAGACCAAUUGCCCAUUCCAGGAGUAUCUCGCAAACUCACCAGAUGGAAAGAGCGUGCUUCCAGUCUUUGGGGACUUGUUCCUGGAUGAGCCGAUCCCUGAGAAAGGCUACCUGGAUGUGACACAGCUCGACAAGCCAGGCUUCGGAUUAACCCUCAAUCCAGCCGCGAAACUCAUCCCCGCACAAUAUCUAUUGACGCCAAAUCCCGAGAGACCGCUCGGAAAGCCAGCGGUUGAGAAAGAGAAACCAGAGGGACAAGCAGGGCUUGUAAAUGGAUUGGUUGAAGGCGUAAAGGAUCUGAAUGCUUCGUAG